GUGUAGUGUUGGUGUUGAAAUGUUGAAUCAAUUCUCUGUUAAAGCUGAAAUAACAUUAGUCUGGUAACGAGAUUCAAGAAAUAGAUUUGAAGAGGCUAAUUUUUAAUCUGGUUCUAUAAUAUAUAAUUAAAUUGUUUUUCUUUCCACAUCUUUUAACGCGUUUUGGUACCAACAAUUUGUUACAGCUCUUUUUUUUUUAUUUAAUUGAACUUUGAAAAGUGUUAUCAAUAAAAUUCAUCCAAUGAGUGAUAAUAAUAAUAAAGGCACAAAGGAAAAUCUCCCAUGGGUUGAGAAAUAUAGACCAUCAUCAUUAGAUGAAGUUUAUGGACAAUCCUCAAUUAUAUCGACUUUAGAAAAAUUUGUUGAAACAGGUAAAUUACCUCAUUUAUUAUUUUAUGGACCACCAGGUACUGGUAAGACAUCUACAGUUUUAGCAUUAGCUAAAAGGAUUUAUGGUGAAAAACUAUACAAAAAUAUGAUAUUAGAAUUAAAUGCAUCAGAUGAUCGUGGAAUUGAUGUUGUUCGUGAUAAAAUUAAAAAUUUUGCCUCGACGAUGCAUAUUUUUUCAAAGGGAUUUAAAUUAGUUAUAUUGGAUGAAGCAGAUGCAAUGACAAAUGUUGCGCAAAAUGCCUUGAGAAGAAUUAUUGAAAAAUAUACUAGGAAUACAAGAUUUGUUAUAUUGGCGAAUUAUGCCCAUAAAUUAAAUCCUGCCUUAUUAUCAAGAUGUACAAGAUUUCGAUUUCAACCAUUAAGCAAUGAAUCAAUUAAAGAGAGAAUGCAAGUUGUUAAAAAAGAGGAGAAAAUAAGGCUUGCUGAGGAUGCAGAGUUAUCAUUAUUGAAGUUAAGUAAUGGGGAUAUGAGAAAAGCGUUGAAUGUUUUACAAAGUUGUAAAGCGAUAUUAGAUUUUGAUGAUAGUGAUCAAGAUAAUGGUCAAGAAAUUAGUCUAGAGAUGGUUUAUGAAUGUAUUGGAGCACCUAAUCCUAAUGAUAUUGAAACAAUUUUGAAUUCUAUUUUACGAGAUGAUUGGACGACUUCAUAUUUGACAUUGAGAAAAAUAUCAAGUGAUAAGGGGUUAGCCUUGAUUGAUUUAUUAGAAGGAUUUAUAGAGAUUUUGGAUAAAUUUGAAUUAAAAUCAGAAGCAAGAAUUGAGAUUUUAACAGGAUUAAGUGAGAUUGAGUAUAAUAUAAGUAAAGGUGGAAAUGAAAAUAUACAAAGUAGCGCAACAAUAGCAGUUAUUAAGAAUGGAAUGGAAAUACAAGGUAAAAGUUGAUAAUUAAGUAGAUAUUUAUUUAAAAAAUUAACAAAUUUAAAAAUUAAAUGAAUAAAUGAUUAAAUGGUUAAAUGACU